UAACACCCUACCCUAGGGCAGUAGUGAGCUCACCCAGCUUAACUGUUUGCUGGAACUUUCAUCUCCUGCCGGCCUUGCCCUGCUGCCCCUUAGUGCGCCACCUGGGAUUUCUUGUUCCUGAUGGGGAGUCUAAGGGCCAGGGUGGAGGUGUUCAGGAGGAUCCCCUAAGGAAGGUUAGAUAAGAGUAUGAUGAAUGAGACCAGCGCUGUGGGAAGAGAGCGAGUGCUGGAGGCAGUUGUGGAAAGGGAGCAGCCCAGGGUAGAGAGAAACAGAAAAGGACAAGAGGCAAAAGUGGCAAGGCCAGCCAUCACAGAACAGGGCUGGGUGAUGGGUGGUGAAACUGAGACCCAGAGAGACCAGCCAUCCCGGAAGAGAGAAUGGAUCUCCAAAGGCCACACAGAGAGCUGAGGAGGAAGCACAGGAAACAACCCAGUAAGAGGAGGCCACAGGCCUUCAGUCCAAACUCAACCCUCUCCUACCACCCACCAUGUACUGCAACUGCUUCUCGGAAGGCAUCCGGGCUGCCCCUGUCAACUACUGGAUCUCAGGUCUGGCCUUCCCGGAUUGGGCCUACAAAGCCGAGUCGUCGCCAGGUUCCCGGCAGAUCCAGCUGUGGCACUUCAUCCUGGAACUGCUGCAGAAGGAAGAGUUCCGCCAUGUCAUCGCCUGGCAGCAGGGAGAGUACGGGGAGUUUGUCAUCAAGGAUCCAGAUGAAGUGGCUCGCCUCUGGGGCCGCAGGAAGUGCAAACCACAGAUGAACUAUGACAAGCUGAGCCGGGCCCUCAGGUAUUACUACAACAAGAGGAUCCUGCACAAGACCAAAGGCAAGAGGUUUACCUACAAGUUCAACUUUAGCAAGCUCAUUGUAGCCGACUGUCCUCCAUGGAAAGUGUGGACACCCUCCACCCCUUGCCUGCUGUUGAGGCCCCCUGCCCUUUGUCAGACAGCCUUGGUACCUGUGGCUGAGCAGAGUGAGCCCCUUCGUAGCAUGCUGUGCACACGGGCCACAGGAACUCAGCCAGCUCGAGAGAGAACCCCACCGCAGCCACCAGAGGCCUCUGGGGACAAGGACAGCAGCAGCUUCAGCAGCUUUGGCUCUGUCCUGGGCCCAGGUUGGCAGAACCCUUGCUGCUGUUUCUGGAACCACCAAGGUGAUCUGCCCAGCUUUGCUUCCUUUGCUCCUGUGCCCUGCCUCUGCUGUAACUGGGCCCACCUCUCAGGGCCCAUCUUGCCUCCUCUUUCCUCAGAGCAGCCACUUUUGGAGUCCUUAAAGCCUGGUCCUCGGCUCCCCGGCCCCAUGUGGAUGCCAGGUGCCUGGCAUUUUCCAGGGCUACACCUUCUGGCCAGGCUGAGACAGGGCACUGAAGCCCCUGAAGUUCCUCAGGCCCCGGGAAUUGGUGGUAAAUCCUGGCCCAGGGCCAAGCAGGCACCUGGAUUCCAAUGAGGGACUCUCCUUAGCGACUCGGGGACUCAAACUUGGAAAAGGAAUCCCUAUGCCCCCAAUCCAGAGAACAUGAUAGCCAUGUGGCCUUCGGAUCCCCCUUAAUCCUGCCCCCACUUUGUAUCACUGGAGGACCCAAAGGGUGAAGCUGAACCAAGGAAGGUCAAAUGUGGGCGUGAGGAAACAGAGGUGGUGCUCCUCCCCUACUAGCAAAUUGCUAUCAGAUAAAGGAGACAUUGUUAACUAAAUUCUUUAAUUUUUUUUUGGAAAGAAAUGAGAUUAAGGGUUUCUGUCACUAAAAUUGUCUCAUGCCUACCCCCAAGAGGAAAUGAAGGGGCUUUUGGCUUGAGUCUUAGGUCUCUUUCUCCCUCUCCGCUCAUUCCCCACCCUGGCUAAGGUUUCCUGGACCCUUCCCACACCUUCACAUAUUUCUCUGUCCUCUGUCAGCUCAGCCACUAGGAACCUCUGUCCCAAGAAAGUUCUUGAUUCUGCCUCCAUGACCCCAAGCUCCAGGCAGGUGCAGAGAGCGGGAGGGGUUGGUUCUUGCAUCUGUGUAAUACUCCACCGCUAACUAAAUAAAAGUAAUAAAAAUG